UGGGUUUUUAAUGCUUAAACCUCUCCUUGUAAUUUGAAAUGCUGAAAAAACUAGCAUACAGAGCUUGAACUAGGUUUAGGGCACACUGUCCAUCUUUCAGAGAAAAUGAUAGAGAGAGAGAAUCGAAUCACUGCAAAUCUAUGAAGCUCCCCACUUUACAGGCAAGUACUCAUCUCUACACUCUUCGCUUUGAUUGAUAGCAUAUUAUAUGUGUGUGCAUCUUCAAGAAAUGAGGACUAUUUAUAUCUGCAAAAGUCUCAUCUCUCUUUCUCUCAAGAAUUCUUCACAUCUCAACAAAACCCCAGUUUCUCUUUUCUCUCUCCUCUUCUUCUCUUCCUCUCCAGAAACCCCCAUUGCGGUGGCCGAUUACUUGAUUGAUAGACACAAAUUUUCUCCUGAAACUGCUUCGAAAGUCUUUUCAAGAAGCCCCAAUCUGAAAAGGCCUGAAAAGAUCGGUUCAAUUCCGUCUUUUCUCGAGGAAAUUGGUUUUUCGGAUACCAAUCUCGAGCGUGUCAUCAAACACGCGCCUCAACUUCUCUCUGCAAAUCUUGAGCUUUCCAUCAAACCCAAAUUCAAGUUUUUUCAAGACUUGGGUAUUUCUUCUAGCGAUAUUGUGCAAAUGGUUUCGAAUGACCCAAGGAUUCUAACUCGUAGCGUUGAUAAUCGGCUUGGCCCGUCGAUUUUAGCAUUGAAGAGUGUUUUGUGUUCGAAUAUGGAUGAUAUGUCUAGGGUUUUAAAGAGAUCUGGGUGGUUUUUGAGGUCUGAUUUAGCGAAAACUGUGAUACCCAAUAUUGAAUUUUUGAAGAGCUGUGGUAUUAGUUCGUCCCAGAUAACCCAAUGUAUCUAUAAUUUCCCAAGAUUUUUCUUCAAUAAACCGACGAGUAUUAGAGAAUAUGUCAAGAGGGUUGAUGAGAUGGGUUUUGACAGGAAGUCUAGGAUGUUUCUUACAGCGAUUCGGGUGAUUAGUUCGAUGAAAAUUGAGAAUUGGGAGUUGAAAUUGGAGGUCUUUAAGGGUUUGGGAUUUAAGGAAGAUGACAUUUUGUCAGUUUUUAGGAGACAGCCUCAGGCUUUCGGUGUGUCAGAGAGGAAAAUUAAGGAGGUAACACAGCUUUUGCUUAGCGCAGGCAAAUGUGAUAUCUCAUAUGUUAUUAAUAACCCAGGCUUACUUGGUUACAGUGUUGAGAAUAGGCUUAAGCCACGGCUAAAAGUUCUGGAAGUUUUGGAAAGCAGGAAUUUGCUUCUUAAAAAGCCGAGUUUGGCACCUGCAUGCAAGAUGACUGAUAAGAAGUUCUUGGAGAAAUAUGUAAUCCCUUAUUCAGAUGAAAUUGGUGACUUAUUCGUGGUUAACAAGGCCUCAUUGACCGCAGAAAUAUGUGCUUAAAAUCAUGAUAUCCUCCUGUGUCACUUUCGAUUUAAUACCUAAAGAAGUCCAUGGUUCAAGGGGGAGCAAUACUGUGUGUGUGUGUGUAUUUUACCUACCAAAAAGAAGAGUUGUGGUGGUGAGGCAUUGCAUAUCAAAUCUAGUUGCUAUUCUGAAUUUUGUUUUGUCUCAUCUUUCUUAGCAUGGUUAUGGAAAGAAAGGUAGAGGGAAAAAAAUAAAAAUUUUCUUGUUUGGUUUCUUCUACUUGUCAUCCAAAUAUUUAGUCAACAGAAGAGUGUAGGUGGAUUUAUCCCAGGGCAUUUAAUAACUUGUGGGGAGUCUAUAAUUCCGUUUCGAUGAGCUCUUGGAUAUAAAUUUGUAUGCUUUGAAUUUGAUGCAAAGAUGGUAGUCGAUGCGUUGAUUGAGGGUGCAGCUUGUCCAAUUGAAAUCGCCUCUGUAGUUUUUGAUGUCAAAGUGAAUAAGGUGGCUCACGCCCUUGCAGCUUUAUCCGGUGAUCAUGUGGAAGCAGACUGUGUAUUGGAUAAUAUAUAUUCCUCCUCAGAUUGUCAAUUUAGCUGCGUGGGAUGUUUUGGCUGCCAGUUCUUAGAUUCAUGAUCCGUGGUUCUGCUGCUUGUUCUUCUUCUUUCUCUUUUUUUGUUGUCUUUGUUGUCACCUUUAGAACCCACUAGGCUUUUUUAGUGACAAAAGUGUUUUCUUGUUAGCAUUUUGACAUAACACUAGUUACACUUCAAUAGCUAUGUCAAAAUGCUAUUGAAGUGCUUCCGAA